AUGUCCCGCGGCGUCAAGUGCGUCUCCAACACAAUGCGUCCCGAAGCCACACAUGUCUUCUGGAACCCAGAUGACUCUGGCACAAAAGAAACCAACCGUCCAGUUGUCCGAGGAAUUUUGAAAGUGACUCCCUCUCAUGCAGUGCGAGGAGUUGUUAUGGUGAUGAUCAUGAUAAAUCGAGAUAAAUAG